GAUUGGGUCAUAUUUACCAAAAACCUCCUUAAAUCCCUCCCCUCCAAAACCCUUUAUUUAUUUCAGACUCCUUUACUUUUUAUUAUAUUCCAAAACAAAAAGACGAUGAUGUAUACUACGAACAAUCGGUGGAUGAUUGGUAGCGAUUCAACGGCAACGAUGAUUCAUUCAAAUUCGACAUGGACGAGGUUUGAAGACAAGUUAUUUGAACAAGCCCUAGUUAUGUAUUCCGAAAACGACGUUGAACGUUGGCAAAAAAUCGCUAAUCGUGUACCUGGUAAGACGGCUGAGGAUGUUAUGGCUCACUAUGAUGCACUUGUUCAUGAUGUUUUCGAGAUUGAUUCGGGUCGUGUAGAUCCGCCCAGUUAUCCGGAUGAUUCGUUUGAUUGGGAAUCGGAUUCUAAAACGAGUCAGAUCUCUUUCGGGUCGAAUAAGAAACAUGAGGUUGAAAGGAAAAAGGGCACUCCUUGGACCGAAGAAGAGCACAGGUUAUUCCUAAUUGGGCUGGACAAAUACGGGAAGGGUGACUGGAGAAGCAUUUCAAGAAAUGUAGUGGUGACAAGGACGCCAACACAAGUGGCCAGUCAUGCUCAAAAAUACUACCUUAGACAGCAAUCCAUGAAGAAAGAACGGAAAAGGUCGAGCAUACAUGACAUAACGACUGCAGUGGAUACAAAGACAGUGCCUCCUCAAAACACUCUUCAGAAUCAAGGAGGGUAUCAGAAUUUCAACUUCCCCAUGUAGUAAUGAAGACCAGGAAUAUCUGUAAAUAGUACGGUCGGUCACUUGGAGUCGAUGUUCCAUCUUGUAAAGUUUAUUGUUUGUAGCUGACUGUUAAUUUAGGGGAUUACCUAGUGAAUAGGAGUUAGAUGAUAGUUUCAAUUACUGCUAUGAGCUAAAGGGGUGUACUUAUGGAUGGCAUAGUUGAAAAGCACAUGGAGGUUUACAUGUAAUUAAACAGAGUUAAGGGAAAUCAUUAGUAUUUUGGUUUCAGAACAAGUUGAUUUUCACUUUGCGUAUUA